UUGGCUCGUAUCAAUCGAAUGGCGCCUCAAAUCGAUCGCUGGGUUUAAGCAGGCUCGAGCCAGUGCGGUCAGCAAGGAAGGGAAACCCCCGGGGCUUGGGAUGUCCGCGGGGUCAAAUCGUGGUAGCGAUAGCAACGUUCGUGUGUCUGUUUGACGACCUUCAGUGGAACACCCAAGCACGAUCUGGCCCGGGCUUACGUCACUGUAGCCGAAGUCGAUUCUAAGUCAAUGCACGGCUGGGAAAACUGAGGUUGAGAAACAGGUUUUUGCAAAUUAUUGGUCUCCACAAGACGCUGCUUUUGAAAAGAAAAAAAAAAUGUAAAUAUUUCAUCCCAUAAAAUGGCACAUGAGUAAAUUGUAAAAAAACAAAACAUGCGAUCAUGAAUCAAUCCAACCAAUACUAUCGUCGAAUUAUCUACGACCAAACGAGUUUUUGCGAUCAUCUCCGUUGAAUCGGAGGAUACUUUCUGUCUGUGAGGCCCGGUACCGAACGCGAUCGUUCGUCCAGUCGCAGUCUGAACGGUGGUUCGAAAACAUGAUGGACAAGUUUUAUUUUACUCUGUGCGUCGUCUUCCUAUAUACCGCGGUGCAGCUGUCGACCUGUGGACCCUCGACCGAGUUGUUUGCUUAUCCCGCGGAUGAGGCAGAGCAGAUUAAAGAAUAUUUGCAGAAUGCCCACAAUCGAACACCAGUCUUUAUACCAGGGAAAUGUAGCCCAAAUGAGAUUCUGUACCCGGGUGAUCAUGCUGAUGAUUGGGUGUGUGAUUGCCGCCCAGGGUACGUGUAUUACCCAAAAAACGAUUCAUGCUUUGCACUCUUCACCAAAGGAUUCUGCCAACCGGGAGAGUACGUGGACUUGGAGCGGCCCUCGAUGCUAGUGAAAUGCACGCAAAAUACCUGUACCGAAGGAAAGAAGGUACCGUUCCGCGGACAGUGUGUUGAACUAAACCGUCACGAUAAAGUGUGCCCGGUGGUGAAGCGCAAACGAUUUGUUGUGGGUGUGAACACCACUACCCUACAGCUGGAUUGUGUGGUUGGUGAGUUAGACCGGGGCAGGGUUGACGUAAACGGUUUGGUUUUAUUCGAGGAGGCGAAACGUUGCACUUCCGGUACUAAAGCUUCAUACAAUGGACUGUGUGUCGAAAAUCAGUCGAAAUAGAUGUUGUUCACUACUUUGUGUUUAUAUAAGCUUGCAACAAUCGGCACAAAAUUAAUUUAACAUCACAACGGACUAUUAUACACUUUUUACUUUUUUCACACGACCAUCCGAAACAGGCUGCUCGGCACACGUAGGAUCGAUUGG